GAAGGAAACAAAAUGGCUGCUCCCCUCUUUAUGGGAUUUGAUUCAAGUACGCAGCAGUUGAAAGCACUAGUUAUCGACAAAGAUCUUAAAGUUGUGACAGAGGCUUCCGUGCACUUCGAUAACGAUUUUCCGGAAUUUAAAACGCAGGGCGGCGUUCAUCAACACAAGGAUAAGCUAACUGUUACAGCGCCAACGUUAUUGUGGGUGAAAGCGUUUGACCUUGUUUUAAAAAGACUGAAAGAAAAUGGUCUGGAAUUCGGAGCUAUUGCUUGUGUUUCUGGAACAGGACAACAACAUGGCAGUGUUUAUUGGAAAAAUGGAGCAAGAGAGACAUUGAAAAACUUGCAAAGUGGAAAAUCUCUUUAUGACCAAUUUCAGGAUUCAUUUGCUAUCAAGGACUCUCCCAUAUGGAUGGAUUCAAGUACAGGAAAACAAUGCCGAAAUUUAGAGGAUGCAGUUGGUGGCCCACAAAGACUUAGUGAUAUUACAGGCUCAAGGGCUUAUGAACGCUUCACAGGAAAUCAAAUUGCCAAGAUAUAUGAGUUGAAACCUGAUGCAUACAACAUGUGUGAGAGAAUUUCCCUGGUUAGCAGCUUUGCUGCUAGUCUUUUGAUUGGUGACUAUGCACCAAUUGAUUUUAGUGAUGGAUCUGGAAUGAAUCUGAUGAAUAUUCACAGUAAAACUUGGGAAGACAAGUGCCUAGAGGCGUGUGCACCAAAUUUGAGGGAGAAGCUUGGGGACUUGGUACCUUCCUAUGAAAUAAUUGGCCAUAUAUCACAGUACAUGGUGCAAGAAUAUGGAUUCAGUCCUGAUUGUAAGGUUGUGGCAUUCACCGGUGACAAUCCUGCUUCCUUAGCAGGGAUGAGGCUAGACAAAGGGGACAUUGCAUUGAGUCUGGGUACCAGUGACACACUCAUGCUAUGUUUCAAAACUCCCAAGCCUGCCCUAGAGGGGCAUAUAUUUGUCAAUCCAAUUGAAGAAAAUGCCUACAUGGCUCUUCUCUGUUUCAAGAAUGGGUCCUUGACAAGAGAGUCCAUACGAGACUCUUCAGCAGACAACUCCUGGGAAAUUUUCAAUAAAGCUUUGAAGAACACUGAUCGUGGCAAUAAAGGAAACAUUGGCAUCUAUUUUGCAGCCACAGAAAUAACACCUUUUGCUGUUGGAAUUCAUCGUUUUAAUGAUAAGGGGGAAAGAGUUGAUUCAUUUUCAAAAGAAAUAGAAGUGAGAGCACUUGUUGAGGGACAGAUCAUGGCUAAGAGAGCUCAUGCAGAAGCCCUAGGGUACUCAUUAGGUUCAAAUACACGCAUACUUGCAACAGGAGGUGCAUCAUCAAAUUUUGCCAUACUUCAAGUAAUAGCUGAUGUGUUUUAUGCUCCUGUCUUUGCCAUCCAAGAUACAGCCAAUUCAGCUUGUCUGGGUUGUGCAUACCGUGCUAAGCAUGGCUGGGAGCGUAGUAAUGGCAGGUCUUUUAUGGAUGUGGUUAGUGAAGCACCACCUUAUAUAAAAGUAGCAGAGCCCUUGUGUGAUGCUCAGAACAUCUACAACCCACUGACAGCCAGGUACAAGGAGUUGGAAGACAAUAUUGUUGACAGUUCUCAUCAUCAAGUGAAGAAGCCAAGGGUGUAAACCUCACCUAAUGUUCAAGUCUUUGCCAAGCAUUUGGCAAUCAGUCGAAAAUCAUAAUCUGGCAGCCACAAAGCAAUCUGAUGUUAUCAAUACAUUAAUACAAUAUCAGCAGUGAUAAGAAUGAAGAAAAGUAUGGAUUAGUAGUUGUUCCAAUACCUAAUUCUCAGAACUAAUAUCACAAGAAUUGUAUGAUCAACAGUAAAGAGAAUUGCUUAAAUAAAUGAGAUAAGGGGAGGAAAGGUUUCAUAGAAUAUUAUUUGCAGCAAACACAGCUUUAAUAAUCCAUUUCACAGUUGCAUGCUUAGUUGCCAAGCCUUUGAACUAGAGUGAGGCUAAGAGUGACCUUGUUAUGAUACAAACCUUGCUGCUUUUCAAAUGUAAAUUACUUUGUUAUUAUGCUAACUAGAUACUGGUCUUUAUUACAACAAGGUCACUUUCAGCCUCACUCCAAAUUAAAGGCUUGACAAUUAAGUACAUAACUGUGAAAAGGCUUAUUGUGUGGAGGAAAUGCAAUGGAAAAUAAGCCUAAAAGUUUUUUAUCAUUUUUUUUUUUUAUGUAUGUGUAGUUGUAAAUUAAAUUGAGAUCAUAAAGGCUACUUCUGGUGACAAUUUUUUCAGAAACAUAUCUUCCACAGACAGGUAUAACAUCAAAGGACAUUAUUGUGUUAUGAAAACACAGUCUUUUUUUUUUCUUUUUUUGCAUCACACCUGCAGUAAGCCAGUUUUUUGGCUGUCUGAAAUUUUGAAGCAAGAAGGAGUAAGAAAGGCAAGAAGCUAUUAAGCUUGGAAAACAUUCAAACAGAUUUCUUUGAAAAAAAGGGGCAAAAAACUGACAUCUCUGCUUCUUGUUGUUCAAACUAAUUGCCAUGAGUUUCUGAUGUUUUAUUCUUUCUCUUGGCCUCACUGUCAUUACCUUUCUGCUUAGUGAAUGAAUUGUGUUGAAAGAAGAAAUUUCUUUUUGAUGAAUUUUAAGAGUAAAAGGAUAAAUAUUUUUGGAGGGAAAUGAUGUGCAGAAGCCUAAUACAUAAUUUUCAGUUUAAAAGUACACACAUGGUUAUUCUGUAACAACCAUUUGGAUGAAAUGAAAGAAAAGAUUGGUUUUUCAGACAGAGUUUGUACAGGUAGAUUUCAUCUGUGUCUCUGACUAUUUUCUUUUCUGUAAUAUUUUUUUUUACUUUUUACAC